AUGUAUAUUGAAAAUUCAAUAAAUGAUAAAUAUAUUAAAACAUUAAACCUUGGUUGUUUUCCAAAAAAUGUUUUACAAUUUCAAGAUAGUCAAGAUUAUUUUCAACAAUUAAUUUUUAUUGAUUAUCAAUUACAAUUACUUAUAUCAAAUGAGUUUAAGAAUGAUCAGUUAUUAUCUUUAGCUUAUUUUGAAAACAAUACUACUUUAUAUCAAGCAAAAAAGGAAAAAUUAUUACAAUUGAUUAAUUAUCAUAAUUCAAUUAAUUUGAACUAUAAAUCUAGUAUAAAACUGUUUAAAGAAAAUUUUUACAACUUAACUUUGCAAUGUCAUUUAUUGUACUUGAACAAUCAUAAUGUCCAAGAUUUAAUCAAGAUCUUAUCUUCAUUUAACAUUAUACCAAAUGACAAUGAAAUUGAAAAUAAUAUUUCAGAGUUUGAGUUUAUACAAUUUUUGACAAUAAAAUACAAUGUUUUAUUAAGCAAUUGUUAUUCAUCAUUUAACUCAAACUAUCAAUUACAAAUCUAUUUUGAUUAUUUGGAAAAAUUUCAAAAGCCAUUUUCAAAAUCUCAAAUAAUUUCAAAUUUUUGGUUCGAAAUUUUAUUUAAAAACUUAUCCGCCCAUUUAACUAAAAAAAAUACAAUACAGUUAUCAUUUGAUAAUCAUUUGAGAAACUUGCCGUUUUUUAAAAAUAAAUUUGCAACCAUAAAUUAUUCAAAUUUUUUAUUAAGACCUGAAAAUUUGAAUUUUGUUAAUAAAUCAUUCAAAAAUGAUUAUAGUAAUUACUUACUAAUUGAUGUUGAAGAAAACAUGCAUUCAAAAAGUUUUCAAUUCCCCAAUGCAAGUGAAAGUUCUUCAAAUAAUCAGAUAAAUGAUUUUAUUAAUAAUUUGUAUGAAAGUUUGAGUUAUGUCCCAUUUAAUCUAUCAAUUUUAAAACCUCAAUUAUCCAAAAAGUUUUUGAUUGAUUGUACAAAGAAAACGUUUCAAAGUAAAAUUAUUUUAUCAAACUUGAUCUAUACUUUAAUUGAUUUAGGUGAAUAUGAUGAAGCAUUUCAGUGCUUUAUCACUUAUAUUGAUUAUUUAGUAAAAGGUGAAAAGUUAAAAAAUGGUUAUAUCGAGGAUAUUUUAUCAAUCAUUGACACAUUUUCCACUUGUAUUAUUUACUUUAAUCCAUUAAAAUCUUUUAAAAAUAAUAAUUCAAAGUUCAAAAAUAUUGAUUUAAAUUUUAUAAAUGAUACUUUUACUAAAAAUUUUAUACCAAAUUUACAAAGAUAUCUUGAUGAAUUAUCAAAAUUGAUUGACUUGACUUAUGAUGAUGAAAAUUAUGCAGGUGACAAAAACCCAUUAAGCUUUUUAUAUAAAAAAUACAAUUUAAAUAUUUUACAAACUGAUCAUUCACAAUUCAUUGAAUUAAUUUCCAAAGCAUGGUUUUCAAUUGGUAAUUAUUAUUAUUACUUAUCAAUUUAUGAAUCUAUCAAUUUAAAACUGAUGGAGUUUAAUGUAUCACAAAUUUUACUAAAUUACAAAAAUAGUUUAAUAAUAAACUCAACUGGUAAUGUACUUUAUUUGUUUAAUUAUGCUUUAGUUUUGGCAAAUGUUGGUAAUUUAAAGUUUUCAUUAAAAUUAUGUAAAUUUAUUUUAAAAAAGUAUCCUGAAUCUUUUAAAACUUGGAAUUUAUUAGUUUUGAUCUUAACAAGUUUAAAUAAUGAUAAUAACGACACAUCAAUACCUUUAAAAUUUAAUGAUAACAUUUUAGAUGGUCAGUUAAGUCAACAACAAUCGCCACCACCACAGCAACAACAACAAAAAAUGAGAGAUCCAGAGAAAUUCAUUAAUAAAGCUUUAAAUAUUGCUGGUUUAUAUAUUAUGAAAUAUAUUCAAAAAGAUAUUAAAUUAACUUUGGAAUCUAAAUAUGAAAUUUUACAAUUAAAAUUAACUCAAAUGGCAGUUUUAGAAUCUGUUCAUGGGCAUCAAUAUAUGAUGGAUUAUUUAAGUGAAGUUUUUGUAUUAUAUCAUGAAUUGUUUGAUGUUCAAUUAAAUUCAAAUUCUACUAACAUAAAUCAUUCAUCAGCAAGACAGUUUGGCUCGAAUGACAAAUGGUCACAUCGCCCAAGUUUUAUUGAUCCUAAAAUUCAAACUAAUCAACAACAAUCUAAAAAAGAUCCUGCUUCUUCACAACCAAUUGGCGAUAUAGAUUCGGUUAAAUCAAUUAAAAAAUCUGUUGGUACUGGUAAUACUGUUGAUAAGUUGAGAAGAUUAUCGAAAAUUUCAAGAAAAGAUUCCUUUAAGAAGAAUGAAAUUUUGACACCACCACCUUCGGCAGCACAACCUGUUCAACAACCUAAACAAACACUUUCAAGAAAAACCUCUAGACAAGAUAAUCCUAUAGCAACAACAGCAAACAAUAAGACGGUUGAAAGAAAAAUCUUACAAGAAAUUUGGUUGUGGACUUCUCGUGUUUUUCUUAAAAAUGGUUUAAUGGAAGAAUGUGAGCAAUGUAUCAUUGAAGCAGAAACUAUCUACGAACCUAACAUCAAAACAUUUACUUCAUUGGGCUAUUUGACAUCUAAAUCAAGAAAGUUUCUUUCGUUACAAGAAUUUGAGAGAUCAUUAGAGAUUUUUAAUAAGUCAAAUAAAUUUAAUAAUCAAUUUGACUAUGGGUUAAAUUUAUUAGGAUUAUGCAAAUUAUUUCUUGUUGAUGAUAAUUUAUCAAAUUCAUUAUUUAUUUCAGAGAAAGAUAUGAAUUGUGCAAUCAUUAGAUUAAAAAAUUUAUUAGAAUUGUAUUCAUUAACUUGGCCAUUUGGUUAUAAUAAUUCAGAGGUUUGGUUUUAUUUAAGUAAAAUUUAUGAAUACAUCGACGAUAAAAUUUUAUUAACUUCAAGUUUAUGGAAGUGUAUUGAAUUAGAAGAUAAAAGGCCAGUUAGACAAUUUGAAAUUUGUGAUUCAUCAAUUGUAUAA